UUGAAUUACGUCAGUAUAGUGACAGGCUCGGAGUUGCUUUAGCUGGGUCACAAAAUGUCGCGGAAGAAACUUCGCAAAUCCAAACAGAAACGGAAAAACAAAAAGGAGGACAAAUCGAAAGUCAUCCUCUGUGGUGAAGAAGAGUGUGUGGGAACGAAGUGUGAAGGGUUUUCCUCAGAGUCGCGUGUGUGUGCGCGCGAGCCGCAGAAGCAGAGGUCCACUGGCCGCAAAGAGAAAACCCCAAAACAAGUGCACUUCACCGUACUGCCGGACAAAUACCAGCCUCUGGAGGAGGACACAGCCUCGGAGGAACGCCACAAGGAAAAACAGGAGAAAUAUAAGAGAUUCAGGAAAAACUUUGGAAAAGCUCUUCGUUAUACCUGGAAGUGUCUGGUCGUUGGACUGCAGAAUUUCAGCACAUCAUACUCCGGGCCGCUGAGUGCAGCUUCCACUCUGGUGCCUGAGAUCCAGAGGACAAGGCCCAGAGCAUGAUGGGAAAAAACCUUUGAUAGUGAACUAACCCCCUUUCAAUACUUUGACAUUUUAAGGUGCAAUGCUUGCCAGAAUGUAAGGCAUUUCUGUAUCUUUUUUGAUAUGAUUGAUUCUUAAAUAAUCCUAAUGUACUGUGGGCUGUCACUCAAGUGUUCCAAAUUGCUCUUCGUCAUCCUGGACACCUGCAGGUCUGAACAUAAUUGAUCAUAAUUGAUCAUAAUGGCCUGUCAUGCACGAUGUAAACUGACUCUGUAAACUGGAUUAGACUCUCAUUCUCUUAAAAAAGCUAGUGUACUCUUGAAUUCCUACAAACAACUUCUUGAAUAUGAAGUUAAAAAAAAAAUAUUUUAUUCUUAAGGAAUGCUCGAAUUUAUUUGGACUGGUUCUUCUUUGUUGAGAAAGAGAAAAUGCUGGAUACAAAGCAGUUUUUUUCCCACCAAAGAGCCACCCUAAAAAGAUUCCGGUUUGGUAGAUUUUUUGUUUGAUCAUAUUCUCAGCAGUCCAAAGACUUAGAAUCAUGAUGAGUCAAGCAUGUGACCUUUCACCUAGUGCCAGAAACGUAAUCUGUACAUGUGAUUUGAUCUGUUAAUCAUCUCAGGUCAGUAACAGAUGUUUAAGUCUACUAUAAUUUAGUUGGGAAUAGCUAGUGGGAAGACUAGAGUUUUGCUUGUGGGCUUUUUAUAAUUAAAAAGUGUAUGGUAACAUUUAUAAAUAUGAAAAUUGCUAUAAAAAGAUUUUAAUGAUAAAAAAAAAUGGUCAAAACUGUUUGGGGGAAUUGAGUGUGCAGACCGGUCAGAACUGGAAAUUUGUACUACAGAAGUUUUGCUGCAGUCUUUUAAGAAAUGAAAAAAUCCCACUGGAAAAUCUAACAUGAAUGUUAUUGUCAUAAAAUAUUUUGAGAUGAAUUGCUGGUUUACAGGAAAAAGGGGUGGGACUGUGUAUGUUGUUGUUGUUUUUUAAUUUGCAUAUUCAUAUGACUUCUGAAAGAAAAAUAAUGCUUUUAAAAACAUGUUUUGGGUGAUUUUAAAGGGGCAAUGAUUUCCAAUUGAAAUCACUGAUUGUUUACAAAGAACACAGGUAUUUGUGCUGCUAUAGAUCAUACACAAUUAGUGCUAGUAAUUUUGAAUAUUUCAUAGUACUGACAAGUAUUUAAUUACUUAACACGGACAAUGACAUAGUUAUAGUGAACAUUUUGAUGAGGACCUGAUGAUGUUUUGUGCUUAAAGGACAUGACAAGCUGGUGUUUAGAAAGUUAGAGAACAUUUAUACAGCAACAUUUGCCACAUGUAAUUUUAUAUAGCUUAUACUAUAUCUUAAUUAUUUCAUUUUUUUUUUUUUUUAACAAAUUGAGGCCUAUUUCUGAGAUUCUGGUUACUAACAAUGCUGUAUUUACUCAUUUAAAUUCAAAAUCCAGUUUCCUCUUGUAAGGUUUUACAUAGUGUAAUGUUUUAAUGUAUUCUAAUUGAUAGCACAAAAACCUCAAAGCUGGCUGUAGGUCACUUUUAAUUAAUUUGUGCAAAGUAUAGAGACAGUUUGUGAAAUGCUAAUGUAAAAAAAAUAUGAUUUGAAACCAAUUGUGUAUUGAUGGCAAUAUUUAUUCACCACUGUGUGGCAGUUUUGUGUCAGAAAUGACAAAAAAAAAUUUUUAAACAUUUUUUGUUUCAAAAUAUUAAUUGUUUAUGUGACGGUAGUACCUGAAAUGUCAUUCCACUUACAGUUAGCUUAUUUAGCAAUGAAAUUAGAUAUACUGGAGUGUCUCACAGUAUCGAUAAAGUAACUACAAGGUGACUGUCAUGUCUUACAAUGUCUUUUCAUUUCAGUGCAGUCCAAUAUUGAUGGCAGUUUUCCUCCAUUUUAAAGAUGGCAGUAAAACAUUGUCAUGUUUCAAAUAAACCACCAAGUGAAAUUGA